AAAGCGGCACAACACUAAGUGACGAUUCCUAGUGUUUUAAUCCGCUGGUGUUGAGUGAUUGCUCUGAAUUGAAUUGCAUCUCAUUUUGACGUCCAGCAAUCAAUCAUAAGAUCUCGUCACAGGGACACAUAUGUAAAGAACGCCUCCUCAAGUUUUACACUCGCUACGCUGUUUUGACAGAAAGUGGAAAACAGUGAAGCCCAGCAUUCUCACAGCGAAGAGUUGAAAGGAAGUUACACACGGCACGAAGGUUAUGGAAUCGGCAUAUCAACGCAUCAUUGGCAAUCAAAGCACCGGAUUUUCUCACUCGUCUGAAGUAAGUGGCAUGACUAAAGAUCCAAUAUACAACCAUAUUGAACCAAGUGUUCCAAUAUUCCCUCAUCUCCCGCCAGUCAGUACACGACUUACAGAGAACUUAUCAGAUAACCGGCCAUCAUUCACAUCCCAACCUUACGUCUUUCCCCCACCGUGGACGUCACAAAAUCAUCAUCUUCCCGGCCCCUAUGAACGUUCUCAUGGCCGAGAUCAGCAUCCAAACCACGAGUAUAUCCCGACUCUCUACAAACAAUCGCAUAACUCGAUGUUCCAACCGUCAUGUCCAACUCUUUUUCCUCCAACAACCCAGCCAAAUAUUCACGGCAGCUCUUGCAACUCCUUAGUUUAUCCUGGCAAAACAGAGCACAAGCCGGGUGGCAGUAAUAUUUACCCUUCAGAACCAGACAUGGUGAGAUCUCACUAUCUUUUCCAAAAUCCUGCAGAUACAGGCAUGUAUUUAUACCAGGGCUGUGACGCAGGUUUCCAACAUCAAGGACCAUUCGUGUACCCUCCUAGACCACAACAUCAAAUACUAACCUGCGAAUGGAUCGAUCCACAGUAUUUUCCAAAGUGCAAACCAUGCGGCAAGCAGUUCUCCAUGAUGCACGAUAUUGUCCGUCAUAUCAACGAUGAUCAUGUAAGCCAGAAUGAUUCAUCCCUUCACGUUUGCCACUGGAAGAAUUGCGCUCGAAAUGGCCUUCCUUUCAAAGCAAAGUACAAACUUGUGAAUCAUAUUCGUGUUCACACGGGAGAGAAACCGUUUGCAUGCCCGUUUCGCGGUUGUGGAAAGUUCUUUGCGAGAUCGGAAAAUCUGAAGAUACACAAACGUACCCACACCGGUGAGAAGCCCUUCGUCUGUGAUUUUCCGAAUUGCGAUAGACGUUUUGCGAACUCUAGUGAUCGAAAGAAACAUUCUCACGUCCACACCUCUGAUAAGCCUUACACAUGUAGGAUAAACAGUUGUGGGAAGAGUUAUACUCACCCAAGUUCGUUGAGAAAACACAUGAAACUGCACGGCGAAGGCGAUGAUGACUCUAGAACUGAAGAUGAUGAUUAUCCUUCACCAAGUACAUCUCCUCUACCAAAUGAAACUCGAUCAAAAUCUCAAGUCUCUGAAGCAAGCAAGAUUACAACAUCAUCAUGGUAUUAAAUUUAUUUCUGUACUAUUUUGACCAAUCUAUAACAACUUGAUAUAUUGAUAUUUUAGUGAAUCUAUAUAACAAUGUGAAAUUUUCAGCGACAGGGCCCCGCACAAAAAGCAUUGAGAAUUGAGAUUAUAAGCUGUAGAUUGAUCGGAAAAAAUAUAGUGAUAAAAGAUGAACUUCAACAAGAUUUGAGAUAGCCAUAUAAACUCCUUUAGGGAAAUUAACAGUGCAUUGGUAUAAAGGAUUGGAAAAUGAUUGUGUAUAUAGACUGCUUGUUUGGCAGGAAAAACUCCAUAAGAGAGGCAAUGAACAAGUACUAGAUGUAGGUAA